ACUGUUGUUUUGAUUUUAGGUUAUGUUCAUAAACCUAGAAAAUUCGUAUAAAUCAAAAUAUUUAAACAACAAUGUGCGAAGAAUAUUUGUUGUCACAUCAUAAAGAUGACAUAAUCAAACUACUAUCUGAAGAAGAUAAUUUAAAAAGCUACUCUAUUCACCUCAAUUUUAUAGAACUGUUUGAAAACAAUCCAGAACUGGGAAAUGCAGUUUUAAAAACCCCAGACACAGCCCUAUCGGAAUGGAACAAAUCUGUAUUAAAAGUACAGUGCAGCUUAGCGGAAAAGAAAAAUUGCAAAUUAAAGAAAAUUUACUGCAGAUUACAUAGCUUACCUAUUUGUCCUGAACUUGUGAGAACCACAUUUCCAAAUAAUGAGGAUGUAGGAAAAUUUCUUGAGAUAUCUGGUACAGUAGUAAGAAUAACAGCUCCCAAACUUUUAGAGUUCGAAAGACAAUACAUAUGCACUAAAUGCAAAUAUUCAUUCUCUGUAAAAGCAAAUUAUGCGCAAAAAAAUCUGAUUGUACCCCCAAAAAAGUGUGUUAAUCCUGAGGGUUGCAAGGAUAUAAAUUUGAUUAAUUUUGGUGAUUUGGAUACUGAAUAUUGUAAGGAUUAUCAAGAAAUUAAAGUUCAAGAAUCCGUAACAAAACUUGGAAUAGGUUCUAUACCAAGUUCUAUGUUGGUUACACUUGAAGAUGACCUUGUGGAUGGAUGUAAACCAGGAGACAGUGUAACAAUAUGUGGAAUAGUAAAACAAAGAUGGGAACCAAUCUUUCCAGGUAAAAAAAGCGACGUAGAAACUGUUUUGCAAGCCAAUUAUAUACAAGUUAAUAACACUUAUGGAUCCGCAAGUGUUACACCAGAAAUAAGAAACAUGUUUGAAAGUUUUUGGGAUGCAUAUUCUAAAGAACCACUUGUUGGAAGGGAUAUUAUAUUAAAAUCGAUUUGUCCCCAGUUGUUUGGUUUGUAUUUUGUAAAGUUGGCAACAGCUUUAGUCUUAGCAGGAGGUGCCCAUGUAGAAGAUGUGUCCUCCACAGGAGUAAGAAUAAGAUCCGAAUCACAUUUGUUGUUGGUUGGCGACCCUGGUACAGGAAAAUCGCAUUUGCUAAGAUUUGCUUCAAAAAUCAUACCUAGAUCUGUGUUGACUACAGGUGUUGGAUCCACAGCUGCUGGGUUGACUGUUACAGCAGUAAAGGAAAAUAGUGAAUGGCAAUUAGAAGGAGGAGCUCUUGUUAUGGCAGAUGGAGGUAUUUGUUGCAUAGAUGAGUUUAAUUCUAUGAAAGAACAUGAUAGAACCAGCAUUCAUGAGGCAAUGGAGCAACAGACUAUAAGUGUGGCAAAAGCUAGUAUAGUGUGCAAACUAAGUACUAGAUGUUCCAUACUGGCCGCUUGCAAUCCAAAGGGGAAUUUGGAUCCUAACCAACCUUUGUGCCUUAAUAUUGCCUUAGCAAGUCCCCUACUAAGCAGAUUUGACUUAAUUUUACUAUUAAGAGACACUGUAAAUGAAGAAUGGGAUUCUCUAGUGGCAGACUACAUUCUCAAUGGUGGUAAUAACUAUUCAAAACUCACUGAUAAUACUUGGUCUUUGGAUUUAUUACAGGCAUAUUUUAAAAUUAUAAAGAAAAUUAAUCCUGUAUUAACGGAGGAGUCAAAUACAAUUUUGAGUAGUUAUUAUCAAUGUCAAAGAAAAGUGGACAGUAGGAAUAAGUCCAGGACUACUGUUAGACUUUUAGACAGUCUUAUAAGGUUAUCACAAGGACAUGCCAAGCUGAUGUACCACUCCAAAGUUCAAAUCAUAGACGCUGUUUUCGCUAUUAUCCUCGUAGACACCGCCAUGGAAAAUGACGGCAGACUUUUAAACCUAAAUCUCAACACACACAGCACUUUUUCCGAUAAUCCAAUGGGCGAUUACCUGGAAAUGGUGGAAAUAGUAUUGAACAAACUUAACCUACAAGACCUGUUGGAGCAAGAAAGAGAACAUUUAAAGUUGGGAUGUUGUAAUGCGAAAAUAACCAAAUCUAGGUUUUUUAAUAUGGCCGCGUCAGAUAGGGAUAACAUUCCCGAGUUUAAUAACGAUUCUAUUAUUUCUAGCACCCAGGAAAAUGCCGAGGAUAUUUUAAGUGAGAGUAAUAUUAAAAAGUCCAAUAGUAUUUAUAACAAUUCCAGGAGUAACUCACAAAAUGAGGAAAACGAUAUCAUUAUUAAGCAAAAGGAAUCCAAAAAUAAUUUUAAAACCAAUAAAAAUAAAUUUAAACACAAAAAACGUGCUAGUGAGCACUUAGGACGAUCUGAUUUAAAUACUGAGGUAGAAAUAACAAAUAAAAAUAAUGAAGAUAAAAUAGGAAUAAAUGAUAUACUUAAAGAUUCUGAUGAUAUAGGUAAUAUAAAUAUAGAAUGUGAAAAUGAAAUUAUUCUGAAGACAAAUAGGAACAAAUUUAAAUACAAAAACCGCACUAGUGUUGACGUGACAGAACCUGAUGUAAAUAAUGAUAUAACCAAUACAAAUAUUAAUACAGAAAUAAAUAAUAGAGCAAUUUCUCCAAUAAUAAAAGAUUCUAAUAAUAUAAGUAAUAUCAAUACAGUAAAUGAUAAUGAAGGAUUGGAAUCCACAAAAAAUUUUAAGAAAAAUAAAAUUAAACGAAAUGAAAUCAUUAAGGUUGUUGAUUUUUCCAAUAGAGCAGAGCCUGAUGUCAAUAUAAAUAAGAAUAUUGAGGUGGAAAAGCCAGUAAAAACAAAUAAAAUUGACAAUGUAAUUAGUCAGGAUGCGUCUCUCCUUAACGAUAUUAAUAGAAAGAAAAAAUCUCGAAAGUCGGAAAAAAAUUUAUCCUCCAAAAAAGUUAAGCUAGACAAAAAUAUCGAUAAUGAUCUUGAAUUGUUAAAGUGUUUGCCCAGUGUAAAUGAUGAUAUUAUGAAUUAUAAUCUUAAUUUUGAUGACGAUUAUUCAGAAAAUUAUCAAGAAAAUAUUGUAAAAAAUAAUAGUAAUACAAAUUUAAGCAAGUCAAAAGCGAAAAAUUCCCUUAAAGAUUUAUUUGGUUUUAAACCGAAAAACAAAUCCAAAGAAAACGAAUCUGUAAAUAAAGAAAAUAAAUUAAAUCCUCAGGCGAGUCUAUUUUCAUCAUUAGGUAAUGAAAAUUUCGACGAUAUUGACCUCGAUUUGUAAAUUAUUUAAUAAAAUGAUUGUUUAACCUAA